AUGCCUACAGAAGGGCUACUAUACCUGGCUUCGAGAGUUAAGCGCCUAGAUACCGAUGGUACUUACUAUCACUGGUACAAGGAGACCCUAAUACCUUCCCUUGUCGAUGCAGGCAAGAAUAGCGGCGGUGGCUCGCUGGUUUUCCGCCUCAUAAACAACGAUUGUGACUCGCCCGAUAAAUUCCAAGAUCUCGCGCUCCUCCCACUGGACGAUCUGGACGGGCUAAACAGCGACGUGUGGAAGAGGCUGCCGCUGUGCACUAGCAGCAAGCAGCCGGGCAGCGGAGGGACGGGCGAAUUUGGCGAGUUUGAUCUCAGGUGGUAUGAGCUUAUCCAGCGAUUUGAGGGCCAAGUCGACCGCGGCGGCGGCAAAUUUAUAGUAGCGGCAGCCAACACGCCCGGUGUAUCAGAUGCUGAGUUCGACGAAUGGUACCGCAAGCAGCACCUCGACAUGCUCUCCAUGAUGCGCGGGUAUUGUCGCUCAACGCGGUACAAACUCUUGCCUCCCCUGAACGAGUCAGCAAAGCCAGGAGUGGAAGAGGUACCGCGGUAUCUUGCGCUGCAUGAAUUCAGCACCGAGGACUUUGACAGGGAACAGCUAAGGAUGUGUGCACAGACGGAAUGGAGCAAACGGGUCGUAGGGACUUAUAAGCAGAUGUGGAGGGAUGACUGGAGGCUUACAUCUGUGCAAGGGUGGGAUACGUCGAGACGGCUCUGA